AUGCUGGUUGCUGGUUGCUGGUUGCUGGUGGCUGGUUGCUGGUGGCUGGUGGCUGGUGGCUGGCCGUCUACUCGGCUCGUCUUCACCAUGCUCUAUUUGGCCUAUUGGCACAAGUCUCCUUCUCCCCAGUUCAUCUAUCCCCCUCGUGUGUCUGCUUGUGUGUCUACGAGAAUGCAAUCUGCUUCAUGCUCGUUUGACCAACUGGCAGAUUCGGAAAGUCGAAGAGACCAACAAAUUAGCUUCACUCUUAAGACAACAAGAUUGAUGCUGGCGACAUUCAGCUACGAGCAUCAUCAAGUUUCACCCUUUACUUGCUGGCGUAUGUUUGCUUACACUCAACUUGUCUUCGAUAUCGAAAUGCUCAUAUUACGCCUCGGUCAGUAUCGCAUGAAACACGAGACUGGACAGCAUGACACAACGCGAGGAGUGACAUUCUCCGGACGGUUGCUACGCUGUGGCCCAAACUGUAGGCAAAAUAGUGGCACAACAGCCAAGCCAAGACUCAACUUUACUUGUAACCUGGACAGGAAUUCUGAGUUGACUUCGGAUGGGGCCAAAGACAGGGUUCAGUCAACAUUCCGUAUAGGGUCUCGAUAUCUGCGCAAUCUUGGCCUCUCGAAUGCCUCAUCAUCAGACUCGGCACGACUUGGAAUCACGAAUUUCCAUUCAACCUGA